AUGCGACGUCAAGGACCAGCUGUAAGAGUGCCUGUUGAUCCUGAGAUAGAGAAGACUUGCCGACAGAACAGAAGAAACAAAAGGUUGGAAAGAGUUGUACAAAGGAUUGAGCAAGAGGAAGUUAUGGCCAACAACUAUAAUAAUGGGGGUGCCAUAGAAGACCAGGCUAAUGGUCUGAAUCCACCCGACCGUAGCCUGAGGGACUAUGUGUUGCCAACAAUGACAGGGGUCCAGUCUUGUAUAAGACCACCCACCAUAGAUGCAAACAAUUUUGAAAUAAAGCCAGCCAUACUUCAGAUGGUUCAAUCCACAGUCCAGUUUGGGGGACUACCCACUGAAGACCCAAACAUGCAUCUAUCUAACUUCAUGGAGCUCUGUCAGACAUUUAAGAUGAAUGGAGUUAGUGAUGAUGCUAUCAGACUCAGAUUAUUCCCAUUUUCUCUGAGGGAGCGAGCCAAGAGUUGGUUGGUAUCUUUGCCACCUAACUCAAUCAAUACAUGGAAUGAUCUUGCACUAAAGUUCCUCUCCAAGUUCUUCCCUCCAGCAAAGGCAGCUAAGCUAAGGGGGGAGAUCAACAACUUCUACCAGCUGGAUAAUGAAUCUCUAUAUGAGGCGUGGGAGAGAUUUAAAGACUUGAUAAGGAGGUGCCCGCAUCAUGGGAUAGAGAGAUGGAUGUUAGUCCAUAACUUUUAUAAUGGGUUGUGUGGUACCACUCGCACACUCAUUGAUGCAGCAGCUGGUGGGGCAUUUAUGAGGAAGAGCGCCAAUGAGGCGUAUGAUUUGUUAGAAGAAAUGGCCAUUAACAAUCAACAGUGGCCUACUGAAAGAGGUAACUCGAAGAAAGUGGCUGGUUUGCAUGAGAUUGAUGCAAUAUCUAAGUUAACUGCUCAAGUUGAGGCUUUGACUAAACAGCUGCAAGGCAGUACAAUGGUAACCCCCGUGAUGCAAGCUCAAACUAUGUGUGAAUUAUGUGGGGGUCCUCAUGCUUAUGAAAAAUGUCAGUACGCGGAUGUCAAUAAUAUGCCAUUGGAACAAGCUCAAGCCAUUGGGAAUUUUCCUCGUCAAAACAAUAACAAUCCUUAUUCAAAUUUCUAUAACCAGGGUUGGAGGAAUCACCCCAAUUUUUCUUGGAAGAAUGACCAACAAGGCCAGUCUUCAGUUCAGCCGUCACAGCAACCAUUUCAGCAGCCACCUCCUGGGUUUUACCAAUUGCCCAUGCGACAACAACAGAAUCGUAUGAGACAGCCUGAUACUCAAUCUGAUGUUCUUAAUCAAUUCAUGACUGAAACGCGGUCUUCUAUUAGAAAUUUGGAGAACCAGAUUGGGCAAUUGGCUACUCUUAUGGCAAACCGUGCUCAAGGUAACCCUCCUAGCACCAUUGAAGUCAAUCCAAAAGAAGAGUGUCAGGCUAUUACAUUGAGAAGUGGGAAGAAAUACGAAGAGCCAAGUGUGGAGCAGUCAGAUGAAGACAAGGUUCAGGAUCAACAAGCACAGGGCACAGUGGAAAAGAAGCAAGGUGAAAACAAGGUUACUGUAUACCUCCCAACCAAAGAAGCUACACCACAAGUGAGCAUAGAUCACCACAUCAAGAUUCCCUACCCACAAAGGCUCCGCAAGAACAACCUUGAUAAGCAAUUCUCAAAGUUCCUUGAAAUAUUCAAGAAACUACAUAUCAAUAUCCCAUUUGCGGAGGCCUUGGAGCAAAUGCCAAGGUAUGUUAAGUUCAUGAAGGAUAUUUUGGCCAAGAAAAGGAAGUUGGAGGAAUGUGAGACAGUGGCACUUACUGAGGAGUGCAGUGCAAUCUUGCAGAUGAAACUACCUCCCAAGCUUAAAGAUCCGGGUAGUUUCAAUAUUCCAUUCUCUAUAGGGGGCUCAGUCGAAACAAAAGCUUUAUGUGAUUUAGGGGCAAGUGUGAAUCUAAUGCCUCUAUCUAUUUUUCGAAGGCUAAAAUUGGGAGAAGCUCGCCCUACAACGGUUUCCUUACAGAUGGCUGAUCGCUCCAUUAAACAUCCUCGUGGAGUGAUAGAGGAUGUCUUGGUGAAGGUGGGUAAAUUUAUUUUCCCCGCUGAUUUCAUAAUUCUUGACAUGGAGGAAGAUGCAAACAUUCCCAUUAUUUUGGGAAGACCAUUCUUAGCCACAGGACGAGCUUUAAUCGAUGUACAAAAAGGGGAGUUAAGGUUGCGAGUCCAAAAUGAGGAAAUAAGUUUUAAUGUCUUUGCAGCAACUGAAAUUCCUACAUGUUGCAGAGUUGAUGUGGAGAAUGAUUGUCAAGAAUCAAUUGGUAAAAAGAAGAAGAAGAAGACCAAAGAACGAUUUCGAACAGUUCGACGUCGUAUGAAAAGAUUAUUGUGUGGCAAGUUUGAAGGUUUCGAUGACAUUGGGGAUAAUUUCAAUAUUCUCAACAGUAGAAGGGAGUUUUCCUUGUAUGACACGAUGGCUCUCAAGGAUGCAAGAAGUGGACUUGACCCAAGUUGA